UCUUGCGUUGCCUUGGUUGCUCCCGCUCUGGACAUUUUGGACUAAAGAAAAAUAAAUGAAGAAUUAGGAGAAGGAGAGCGCGAGAUGAUGCCGCAGGUAGCCGGGCAGGCAAUGUUGCCAUUGUGUGCCUCCUCAGCUAUGUCUCAAUACUCCGUUUCAGCCUUCCAAUUGUCUCUGCCUCUGCUCCCGCGCUCCAGCUCCAAGCUGCCUUUCUCCUUUUGCUUCCCGCCCCUUAAUCCUUCCUCGCCGCCAUCUUCCACUCCACCGCCUGCUGUGAUUUCCCUUCCCCUCGACACCAAUUUAGAGAACCCCAGCCGCUCCGUCGCCGUUCGCUCCCGUCUUAGCCAGCUAUGCAAGGAAGGCCGGACCGAAUUCGCCCGCCGCCUUUUCGACGCUCUCCCCAGGCCCAUCCCGACCAUUCUUUGGAAUGCCCUCCUCAUUGGCUAUGUUUGCAAUUCCAUGCCAGACGAUGCCCUCCGACUCUACCACCUUAUGAAUUCCACUUCCAAGGCGUGCUCCGACCACUACACCUACUCGUCCGUCCUAAAGGCGUGCGCCGACUCACGCCGCCUCCGCCUCGGCCAGUCUAUCCACUGCCGCAUCCUGCGCCGUUCUCCGACACGCCCCACCAACCGCGUUCUCAACAACUCUCUCCUCAACAUGUACGCGUCAGCGCUCGAUCCCCACCACGUAUUUGUCGUGGAUGCCGUCCGCUUGCUGUUCGACAGAAUGCCCAAGAGAAACGUGGUGUCUUGGAACACGCUGAUUGGGUGGUACGUAAGGUCCCGCCGACCGGCCGUCGCGCUGGAACAGUUUCGGCGCAUGAUUGAGACAGGAAUUAGGCCCUCCCCUGUCAGCUUUGUGAACGUCUUCCCUGCUGCUGCCUCAAUUGGUUCCAUGGAGGGAUUCAACUACUGGCCCGACUUGCUCUACGGUAUGCUUAUCAAAUUUGGGAGCGAGUACGUUGCAAAUGUCUUCGUCGUGAGUUCUGCCAUAUUCAUGUAUUCUGAGCGAUCGGAUGUCCAAUCUGCCAGGCGGAUCUUUGACUGCGCCGCUGAGAAGAACAUCCAAGUAUGGAAUACCAUGAUUGGGUGUUAUGUUCAGAAUGCUUGCUACCAAGAAGCUCUUGCACUUUUUUUGCAAGUUUUGGAAUCUGUUGAGGUUGUUGCGGAUGAUGUGACUUUCCUGGCCUCCCUGAUGGCAAUUUCAGGGUUGCAGGAGAAUGGGUUAGGACAACAGGUUCAUGCGUACCUGAUCAAAGAGAAUACAACAAAGCCGCUUUCUUUGAUCCUCAACAAUGCUCUCAUGGUCAUGUAUUCGAGAUGUGAUGAUGUCAUAUCUGCUUUAGACGUUUUCUGCCUCAUGUCAGAGAGAGAUAUUGUGAGUUGGAACACCAUGGUUUCUGCCUUUGUGCAGAAAGGCCGGAACUUUGAAGGUCUGCGGCUUGUAUAUGAGAUGCACAAGGCAGGCCUGGCAGCUGAUUCAGUCACAGUUACCGCGUUGCUUUCAGCAGCAUCUAAUCUGGGCAGCCUCAAUGUGGGAAAGGAAACACAUGGCUAUCUCAUCCGCCAUGGAAUUGCGUUUGAAGGGAUGCUUAGUUAUCUCAUCGACAUGUAUGCAAAAUCUGGUUGCGUUGAGACAGCUGGACGCAUCUUUGAAGGGGAUGAAUGUGAUGAGAGAGAUCAGGUCACAUGGAAUGCUAUGAUUGCUGGGUAUAUGCACAAUAAAAAUCUUGACAGGGCUGUUUCUUUGUUCUGCAAAAUGCUGGGUGGAAACUGCUUGCCUAACCAUGUAACCAUCUCAUUAAUCCUCCCUUCUUGUGACCCUAUUGAAGGAAUCCAAGCUGGCAAACAGAUUCAUGGGUUUGCCAUCCGCCAACACCUGGAUAAUAACGUCUUCGUAGGCACGGCCCUUGCAGACAUGUAUUCAAAGUGCGGCGGGAUUACCUUCGCUGACAGAGUGUUCAAUUUCAUGAAGGAAAAGAACAGAGUCACCUAUACUACAAUGCUUUCAGGCUUUGGCCAGCAUGGGCUUGGUGAGAGAGCUCUUUCGCUUUUCAAGAACAUGCAGUCUUUGGACAUAAAGCCUGAUGCACUAACUUUCGUGGCGCUCAUAUCAGCUUGUAGUUACAGUGGCCUAAUCGAUGAGGGCCUGGCUGUUUUUGAAUCGAUGGAAGAGUAUGGGGUUGUGGCUACAACUGAGCAUUACUGCUGUGUUGUGGACUUGUUAGGUAGAGCCGGGAGGGUAGAGAAAGCAUAUGAGUUUGUGAGGGAUCUUGGUGAUAGUGGAAAUCACGUUGGCAUUUGGGGUUCCUUGCUUGCAGCCUGUAAGCUUCAUGGUAAGUACGAGUUGGGGAAAUUGGUCUCAAGGAGGUUAUUUGACAUGGAAAAUGAAAAUCAAAAUGGUAUCGCAGGUUACCAUGUUCUAAUGUCAAAUGUGUAUGCUGCGGAGGGGAGAUGGGAUGGUGUUCACCGAGUAAGGCAGGAAAUGAAAGGAAAGGGGUUGAUAAAGGAGCCUGGUUCCAGUUGGAUUGAGGUGCGGGAUGCAUCUCACAGAUUCAUGUCAAGAGAUAAAAAUCACCCUGAAGGUGACCAAAUACACGCGAUGCUUGAUCGGUUGGCAUUAGAUAUGAGGUCAUCAGUUGACAAACAUGAUAGCUCUGACCUUACUUGUGAGAUCUCGGAUUUAGAUUUAUAAUUGUCUGAUGACGAGUCAUCCCACCGGGUGGCUUAUGGAAUUUUGACAUUUAUUCGUUAAAGACAGUGCGCUGUUGACCUUCAAAAUUCCUUGGCCGCAAGCAUUGCAAAGGUCCUCAAGCAAUAGAGGACUCUAAUUUGUCCUGAGAUGGAUGCUCUAUCCUCAUGGGUGCAUUUUUUCAACCGAUUAUACUCCUAGAAAAAAUAGAAAAGCUCAGGCUCCGGAGGACUUUCGAAUGUUUAGGGCAUGCAUUAAAAAUAUUGUCAUCUGAAUCCAAAAUUGAUGGUCGUGCAUCCAAAGAGAGGCUUCCAGACGUACCGUCAUUAGCUUCCUAGCUUGGACGCCUUUUCUGCUAUUCCAGACGUACCAUUUUUUCUUUUCCAUACAAGGUUCUGUUUGGUUGCUUGUAGAAAAGGAGUAUGCUUUAGAUGAUGACGAUGAGUUUAUUUUCAUUCAAUUUAUAUGUUAAAACUAUAUCAUUAUAUUUGAAGAAGCUUUUGAAGUUUCAGAUAGAUGUUGAUUUCUAAUAACAUCUGUUACAUCCCCCUGUACCAACCAUUUCAGCAUAACUGGGUCAGUUGUGUUAAAGAACCUGACACAUCAUGUACCUUCUAGGCCUUUUCUGUACAGAACUCUAUAUAUAUUGAGUUCACCUGUUAUUUCAUUAAUAAGAUUCAUUUCUAUUAUUUCA